UCGAUGGAGAACACCCCGAGGAAUUGUACUGCUGUAGAAAGAACAGGAAUGUUUUCUUUGGAUCGGUUUAGAGAUGUCAACGAACAGUUUAGUGCUGCAGCUGAGAAAAUAUGUGACGAUGCUACAAGAGCUGCCGUCGAGGACGAGGCAGAGAUCGACCGUCAGCGCAGAAUGCUGGAUAUCGUUUGGAAACCUCACAUCCUCUUACACAGAAUAGACGUCCCACAGCAACAUGUGUGUAAGGAGGAGGAGGAUGAGCAGCAGCUCUGUGACCAGGAGAGGAAGUCCAGUCUGGACCAGGAGGAGCCAGAGCCUCCACAGAUGAAAGAGGAGCAGGAGGGAGAGCAGCUCAAACGGGAGGAGACUGACACGUUGAUAAUGACUCCUACUCAGGAGGAAGAUGUCCCACAGCAACAUGUGUGUAAGGAGGAGGAGGAUGAGCAGCAGCUCUGUGACCAGGAGAGGAAGUCCAGUCUGGACCAGGAGGAGCCAGAGCCUCCACAGAUGAAAGAGGAGCAGGAGGAAGAGCAGCUCAAACAGGAGGAGACUGACACGUUGAUAAUGACUCCUACUAAGGAGGAAGACAUCCCACAGCAACAUGUGUGUAAGGAGGAGGAGGAUGAGCAGCAGUUCUGUCACCAGGAGAGGAAGUCCAGUCUGGACCAGGAGGAGCCAGAGCCUCCACAGAUGAAAGAGGAGCAGGAGAAAGAGUGGAUCAAACAGGAGGAGACUGACAUGUUGAUAAUGACUCCUACUAAGGAGGAAAGUGAGCACAGAGAAGCAGAUGGACAACAUGAACACCGGCUCCUUUCUCACAACUCUCAUGUUGCUAAGAAUCAAGAUCCCAAAGAGAACAAGCAGAAAGACUCAGAGAUAACUGGAAAAUACAAUCCAAGACAAGAGAUAGACAGAAAACACACAGACGUCCCACAGCAACAUAUGUGUAAGGAGGAGGAGGAUGAGCAGCAGCUCUGUCACCAGGAGAGGAAGUCCAGUCUGGACCAGGAGGAGUCAGAGCCUCCACAGAUGAAAGAGGAGCAGGAGGAAGAGUGGAUCAAACAGGAGGAGACUGACACGUUGAUGUUGAUCCCUACUCAGGAGGAAAGUGAGCACAGAGAAGCAGUUGGACAACAUGAACACCAGCUCCUUUCUCACAACUCUCAUGUCGCUACGAGUCAAGAUUCCAAAGAGAACAAGCAGAAAGACUCAGAGAUAACUGUAAAAUCAAAACGUAGACAAGAGAGAGACAGAAAACACACAGGUGAGAGGCUGUAUUCAUGUGAAGAAUGUGGAAAAGGGUGUAAAUAUAAUCCAAAUUUGAAACAACACAUUCGUACUCACACAGGGAAAAAGCCAUACACCUGUGGUACCUGCAAAAGAUCAUUUACACAGAGAUUUACUCUGGAACAGCAAUUAAGAAUCCAUACAGGUGAAAAAUCACAUACCUGCACAGUGUGCAACAAAUCUUUCAGACAUAAAUAUUCUUUGACAGUCCACAUGAGAACACACACUGGUGAGAAGCCAUUCUCCUGCAGAACCUGUGAAAAAACAUUCACUCAUAAACAGUGUUUGACUCUGCACAUUCUUACUCACACAGGUGAGAAGCCGUACACCUGUGGUACCUGUGGAUCAACAUUCAGACAGAAAUGUGCUUUGGAUAAUCACUUAAAAGUCCAUACAGGUGAAAAACCACACACCUGCACAAUGUGCAACAAAUCUUUCAUACAAAAAGCUAAUUUGGCAGCCCACAUGAGAACACACACAGGUGAAAAGCCUUUCCCCUGCAGCACCUGUGGAAAAAGAUUCAGUCAGAAGUCACAUUUGAAUCAUCACAUUCUUACACACACAGGUACAAAGCCGUACACCUGUGGUACCUGUCUGACAUCAUUCUCAUUGAAAUGUGAUUUGAAUAAUCACUUAAAAAUCCAUACAGGUGAAAAACCACACUCCUGCACAAUGUGCAACAAAUCUUUCAUACAACGAGGUAAUUUGACAGUCCACAUGAGAACACACACAGGUGAGAAGCCUUUCUCCUGCAGCACCUGUGGAAAAAGAUUUGGUCAGAAAUCACAGUUGAAUCAUCACAUUCUUACUCAAUCCUGUGCAUCUGGACACAAAACAGUUUUGUAAUAUUCUGGACACAUUUGAAUUUACACAACAACGUGUAACCUUUUUAGGCCAAUAAAAUAACAGAAGAAGCAGGAUACCUUGAGGUAAAUGUGUAAAAAUGUUACAGAAUCAGAAUCAGAUUAAUAAAAAUAUGAACAAGGAUAGAAUAUUGCCAUAAAUUACAAGCAGUCUACAUUACAUAGAAAUAUUAUGGGUACCAUCUGAGAAGUUAUGAGUAACUAAGAGCAGCAUGGACAAAAUAAAUACAGAAACUAAACAAACACAGGGAAGAAUUACCUUUAAAUGAGUUUUUGACAAAAUAAGAUACUGCAGAUGGAAAGGACACUUGUGCAAGUGGGGUUCCUGA